UAUAAAUGCCUGGGGAUUAUUUACGGAGGCACAGUGCAAAAGAAGCUUCUUAUCUGGACGUGUGUAGAGUAAACAAAUUGGGGACAAUGAAAUUGCUUAUAUUAACCGCCGUCAUCGCCAUCUCAUCGGGAGCUCUUCUACCAUCCAACACUUACAUUCCACAAAAUCAAGGCCCAGCUCGGCCUUCAAAUACAUACCUGCCUCAAAACCAAGGAGGUUCUUCCGGCCAAGGAGGUUACCAGCAAGGUCAGUUCGGCCAAGGAGGUUCUGGCUUUGGUGGUUCUGGAAGCAAUGGUAACAGAAGACCGCAGCAAGAAGCGGAAAAGAACGCGGCCAUUUUGAAACAAGACCAGGAUAUCAAUGAUAAUGGCUUCCACUACAGCUAUGAAACCUCAAACGGUAUCAGGGCUGAGGAAGGCGGUAACGCAGCGCAGACCCAAGGUGGCUUCUCCUACAAGGGUGACGACGGUCAAACGUACACGAUAAUCUUCACCGCCGGAGAAGGUGGCUUCAGGCCUCAGGGCGAUCACAUCCCGGUACCACCUCCCACUCCUGAAGCUAUUCUGCAAGCUUUAGAGCAAAACGCUAAGGACGAAGCUUCUGGGAUUUUUGAUGAUGGUCAAUACAAACCCGAUAACAAAGGUCAAGGUAACUCAGGUUAUGGAUCAGGACCAAGCUUCGGCUCAGCAAACCACCAAGGAUCUUUCAACUCAAAUUCUGGCUACAAAUAUUGAUAAAACCAUAGAAGAAAUAACCGAAAUGUACAAAGCUACUAUGUUAAAUAUAUUAUAAAAUUAGUUCUACCUUAUAUUUAUGUAAAUUGUUCAUUAAUAAAGAAGAUCGCAGUUC